AUAUUUUUUUUAAAUGUCUGCUCAUCAUUAUAUAAUUUUAUCAAAUGUAACGUAAUUGUAAUAUUUUUUUAAUAUUAAUAGAAUAAUAUUUGAAACAAUUACGUUGUUAUAAUUAUAAUUUAACUUUCUAAUAAAGAUUGAAACACGGAAAGAUGCAGCGGACAAAUUUUAAAGAAAAUGGUACUGCCACAGGCACUACUAUUGCAACUGAUAAAACUGAAAAUGAAGAAAACUCACCAGCAGGUGAACCCGGACAACGACAGCCAACCGUAGCAACAUCACUAACAACAACAAUUUCACAAAACGAACCAACAGCAACGACAUCAAAUUUGCAAAAUGAUAACUCCAAAAACAGUAACAAAUGUAUGACUGUUCAUGAGUAUGCAGAGGCCUACAGGACUUGGACUUUUCAUCAGCAAAUGGUGCAACAGAUGAACAUGGCUUAUAUUAAUUUUUAUUACAUGCUCAGUAUAUUAGGCAGCCACAGUGCCAUGCUGCAAAAUGCUUGUUGGCCUACGCAAGCUAGCGUCUCCCAAGGGCCCACAUCAUCAUCAUCAUCAUUACUUAGAGAUGGGCAAACACAGCAGGAACCCGCUAAUAAUGCCUCGCGGAUCCCACUAAAUCGUGUCAACACUGGUGACCAUUCAGUUGGAGUAGGAAGAAUGGUAGGAAGAAGAUGUGAAAUUGCCUCACUGUGGAGAAGAGUUCUGGCAGAGUUGAUAGACUUUUUCAUCUUAUUCACUCUCAAACUAGCUGGCUCAAUCAUGUUCUUCGACUUCAUCGAUGUCAUAGAUCUAGAUUUUUACGACCUGCAAAAAUUCGCAACUUUGAACUGGGACACAAAAUUGGCAAACAGCAUUACAAAUGAACUGAUCAUGUUUGAACUGAUCAACAGAGUUUUUGUCAGCAUUUUCGAGGCACUGUGUCUAAGAAGGGGGCCCAUAGGAUCCGUCGGUGGCGUGACCCCCGGAAAGAAAAUGAUGGGAAUUAGGGUUGUAUCAUGUUUAAACGUUUCCAGGGCUGAUCAUAACAAAGUUCUGGUUUUUCCAGCUGGCAAUCUUAACUUUUUAGAUGCCCUUAUAAGGUCUUUGGUGAAGAAUUUCAGUUUCAUCUUUUUCAUUCCCAUGCCCCUGACGGUAUUGAUGUCGGCACACAGUAGAACCAUUUACGACCUUAUAUCUAAUUCCAUGGUUGUCUAUGUGGGGCCUGAUGAUGUCGCCUAUUUCCGCUGAUGAGAUGUGUGUGUGUGUGUGUGUCUGUUUGUAAGUGUGUAUGUAUGUAUGUGUCUGUUUGUAUGUAUGUGUAUGUGUGUUUGUCUGUAUGUGUGUAUGUGUGUGUCUGUCUGUGUGUAUUUGUGUCUGUGUGUAUGCGUGUUUGCAUUUAAUGAUCUGAUUUAAUAUGGUUGAUUGAUUUAUUAUUUAUUAAUAAUAACACAUUUUUAAUAUAUUAUUAUACAAAUUUAUUUUCUAAAUUCAAUUCGGAUUUUAGUUGUUUGUUACACAUAAGCACUUUACUAUGAAGCCCUUGAA